ACAACAGCCCCACCAAACCCCAUAACAACAAUUACUUUGCCCAACAAUACUUUACAGACAAUUCGUUCUAAUCAAUCCAUUACUAAUCAAUUGAAACCAACCGAUUCCCUCUCAAUUGACGCACCAAAACUACUACACACCAACACCACAAACACUCACACAACAACAAUCCUGACGUACACAACCACAAUGAACAACAAAAAAAACGUCAACACAACGCCUCCGUCUUGUACCAAUACCAUCGUCACAGAUAGCACCGUUUCGGUCUCGGUAUCGGCGUCUGUAUCAUCGGCUAAUUCGUCCACAUCAUCGCGUCGCCAAAGACACAGUAUUGCCGGCCAGAUGUCCUAUAUGAAAAUGUUGGGUUUCGGUGGUUUUAGCAAAAAGAUGGCAACCAGCGCGAAUAGCCUUUUCAGUACGGCAGUUAUAAGCGGCAGCUCAUCGGCGCCAAAUCUGCGCGAUAUGAUACCGGUAUCAUCAUCCGGAUUCGGAGAUGUACCACCGAUCCGGCCCCUGGAGACACUGCACAAUGCUCUAUCGUUGCGCAAGCUGGAUAGCUUCCUGCAGGAUAUGGUCUUGGCACAGAUAUUUAAGACACCAACCGGGUCUCCACCACGCAUCCGUGAAGGAGCUGCAGGCAGUAAUUCGGUGUCGCUGCUGACACCUGGUAUUGGUCAGCAUGUAUCGGUAUCUAUGCCCUCGGAUUCCAUGGCUGCCUUUUCCUCUAUGAUUGAGCCAAGAGAUGACAGCGUUUCUGCAACUCAACUAAUAGGUCGAACCGCUCCCAUUUCUGGCAAAUGCGACCAGUCUAGCAUUAGUGAUCCAAAUGAUGAUCAAACGCAAUCGUCGGAUUUCGAUGAUCCCAACGAUGUGGUCAUGAAGCAUAUAUUACCGGAUGAAAAACAGCGUAAGUUCUGUAGGCGUAAGUCAAGAACCAGUUGGCGUAACUGAGACCCGCAUCAACAAUAAUUCUCCUUAAAAUUUCGACUAGUGCGUUCCGACUUUAAACUUGCCAUACUUUAACUUGAAGCUUUUUUAUGCUCUCAAUUAUUUACCUUUUCAAAAUAUUUCAAGUCUACUGAUAUCAAA